AUGGAGACUGCCAUUGCCUUGGGCGCUCUCACCAGCGUCUCUUGGGGAGCCUCGAAGUACCAAGACAAGCGGAUCACAGCGAACGACAAAAAAGAGCGCCGAGAGCGGCGCGAUCACCAAGCAGAAAUACAGCGCCACAAACUGUGCGCAGAUUUCGAGCGCGAAAAGCGCGAGAUUGCUGAGCGAGAAUAUAGAAAGGCUCACAACCGACUCGAAGUUACACGACUUGAAUACUAUGAUGGCUUUUCGCAACAAUCAGCUUGUGCCGACUCGAGUGGACACAUUACCUGCAUUCAACCAGGCGCUUCAGUUUUAGAUCCGACCAGCAAUGGGUCAUCGAGUGUUCUGCACGCUUCUGGAGGAAGCUUUGGCCUUUCGCCGGCCACAUGUAUCAUCGCCAUCCUUCUUACACUACUGCUUGCGGCCAUUGGACUCUUCCUUCACACCUCAGAUCAGCUCUUUCGACGUAGCAAAAUGGAUCUCGAAGCGAAGGAUGAGAAGUUUGAACAGCUAAACUCCGAUUUCACGACGGUAAUUUGCUCGCUGGAUGAUACAAAGCAACAACUUUCCGACUCGAAACAUAUGCACGAGACGAGUAAGGCUCACGCCGAAAGGCUUGAGAGUAAUCUCGCUGAGCUGAGCACUUCGCUGGAAGACACGAAAGGACAUCUUGAGGACUCCGAAAAAAAGCUUCAUGAGAGCUUAGAGAAUGCCAAGCGGCUCGAGAGUGAUCUCGCCCAGGCAAACAUUUCUCUGAACGGCACGAAAACCCAGCUUGGCGACACCGAAAAGGAGCUCAAGGAGAACGUGGCUUGCGUCGGAAAGCUUGAAAAGAAUCUCAUGGAGGUCAACAGCUCAAUGGAAGCCACCAAGAAAGAACUUCAUGACUCUGAGAAGGGGCUUGAGGAGAAAGCAACUCACUCCGAACAGCUCGAGGCCAGCCUCGUGGAGGAGCGCAAUUCGCUGGAAUCCACGAAAAAAGAACUUCGCGACUCCAAACAGAAGCAGGACCAAAGUCUGGCUCAUGCCGAGCAGCUUGAGAGCAAUCUCGCGCAGGCAAAGCAGUCGUUGGAUAACAAGACCACCUUGCUUCAGCAGGCAGAGCGCGAAUGUGAUAUACACAGAACCGACAGCGAAACGAAGCAGACGCAGAUCCAAGAGAGCGACAUGGAGGUCACGAAUCUCCGCGCGCAGCUCGCCUCUAUUCAGCAAGAACGCAACGGAUAUAGACUCGCCAGUGGUCAGAGCGCGGCGGCUAUCCAACAGCUCGAGAGCAAUCUCGCUAAGGUGAAGCAGUCGCUCGAGAACACCCAACAAGAGCUCGGCAAGGUCAACAAAGAGCUGUGCAGCGUGGAGCAAAAGCACAAUGACUGGGCAGUUCUGGCUCGUCGAAUGCCUGCAAAGCGUUGUGAACAGAUUCGAGAAGCGCGCCUGAUGAAGAAGUAUGGCGCAUUGUGGCAACUCCGCGUGAGAGUAAAGACGAUGGUGCCCACAGCAGAAUCAUCCGGUGAUGCCGUUGAUGACGAGGACAAGCGCGACCGAAGUGAAGACGAAGAUGAUAAAGAUGCAGGUGACUCGACAGAGAAGAGCAAUGGUUCGUUGAGCACAACCGCCAGCAAGGACAAUGGGAGCGGUGCUCAGGACAAGAAGAAUCCAGAGCAAACUGCCGACGCAGCAGCUGGGUUAUCUUCAAAGCCUGAUGAUGAGGAGAGCAAACCUGAGAAUGACGAUGUCUCAAGCACUCAAUCCGACUCCCAGGGCUUCACACAAGCGCCUCAAGGCGACAAGCUUGAGAUUCAAGACCACGGCAAUCACCAGAAAAGAAGAAAGCAACGAGGGAAGUUUACAAAAAGCAAUGACCAACAGCGAGUAGCAGAACUCCAUCGCCAAUUUGCUUUUGCCGACUGGUUCAUGAGCGACCACGAAGCAAGCAACGAGGUGUUGGACUGCUGGGUCACGUCGUGGCAAUAUAAGGGUGCAAAGUUUCAGGAUAUCGACUAUACCUGGGCCAACGAGAGCCGCGCCGAAAGCGCCUCGCAGGCAUACCCGGAACAGAACCAGAACAACUGGCUGCGCGAUCACCUAUCCAGCGCUCGCAACAAGAUCUUCGAAUUGGGAGAAGACGUCAAGGAGGAGCGCUACGAGAACCAGAUCCAGAACCUGGUGUCUCGUGCCCAAGAUGCCGAAGACGAAGCAGUUGCUGCUGCUAGCAACCAUCCGAUGCCUGACCAGUAA